CUACUAUCAUUAUUUCAGUUCCUUAAGGACUACAACGGAGACACACUACACCUGCGCUACCUUAUUUAUUAUUCUCUCCUCUUUUCACACCCUUUCAACUUCAAGAACUUGCAACUCUCAAAAUAACAACACUUAUAGAUUUACAAUACCAUGCGUGUCCCUAGUUUCUGUGCUUAUCUAACUCUCUUUCUAUUUUAUGGUUUGCGUACAACUGCUUUGAUACCAAAAUAAAGGGAUACCCAGAUACUGGUUAUCGUAGAUAGAAGAGGAAAGACUAUGGAAAGGUGUGUUCUUGGCUCUUUUGUUGUGGUGUUCAUGUCUUUUCUGGGUUGUUUUCUAGUGGGUUUAUCGCAAAGUGAAGUGUAUGCGAAGGGUUUUAUUACUUGGGAUGACAUGAAAGUGGAUGAGGACGGUAGAACGAGGUUGAGUUCUAGAGAUAAUUAUAAUCAAAGCCUAGUUAUUGUAGUUGACGAGAAUGGUGGAGGUGAUUCGUUAACAGUUCAAGGUGCAAUAGAUAUGGUACCAGAACAUAACACAGGCAGAGUGAAAAUUUACAUUCUUCCAGGGAUUUACAGAGAGAAGGUACAUGUACCAAGUACCAAGCCAUAUAUCUCAUUCCUUGGCAAGGAAGGCCAAAUAAAUGAUACUAUAAUUACUUGGAACAGUAAAGCUUCUGAUACGGACAGCAAUGGUGUUGAACUGGGAACCUAUAGAUCAGCAUCGGUCACGAUAGAAUCCGAUUACUUCUGCGCUACCGGAAUCACUUUUGAGAAUACAGUGGUAGCUGUGCCUGGAGGAUAUGGAAUGCAAGCUGUAGCUUUGAGGGUUUCUGGUGACAAGGCCUUUUUCUACAAGGUCAGGAUCUUGGGGACACAGGAUACACUCUUAGAUGAGACUGGAUCGCACUACUUUUACCAAUGUCACAUUCAAGGAAGUGUAGACUUCAUAUUUGGUAGAGGAAGAUCGCUCUUUCAGGAUUGUAUCCUUCAAUCAACAGCCAAAAAAACAGGAGCAAUUGCAGCCCACCACAGGGAUUCGCCUUAUGACGAUACAGGUUUCUCUUUCGUAGGCUGUGUGAUCAAUGGGACUGGAAAAGUCCUUCUGGGAAGAGCUUGGGGAAACUAUUCCAGGGCAAUAUACUCUUACUGUUACUUUGAUAACAUUAUAAUUCCUUCAGGAUGGAGCGACUGGAACAGCCCGUACAGGCAAAAGACCGUGGUUUUCGGAGAAUAUGAGUGCAGUGGAAGAGGAGCAGAAACUAGAGGCCGAGUGCCAUGGUUGAAGACUUUCAGUUACGAGGAAGUAAAGCCUUUCCUAGGCAUGCAAUUCAUAAAUGGAGGCCAAUGGCUUAGACUCUAGUUCUGUUGCUCCCCUUCUUUGUUAAGCAUGCUAAUUUGUUAUUCUUUUCUAAUUCCAUUUUUAAAAUAGAGCCUUAAGGCAAGUAGCUAAUGGCUUUAGAGGGGAUUCACUAUGUUCCAGGGCUAAACCAUGCCCAGCACCAUCAAGUCACUGAUUUUUCAAUUUGUCGUUUCCUCUUUCUGCUUCGGUUCAGAACCGAUCAGUGCCUUCCAAUAAAAGGUGUCAAUUCAUUGGAGAUUUA